CGGCGCGGUACCCCUCGCAGGGUGCUCGUGCGGUGAGUGCCUUGGGCUCUUGCCCUUGCUUCUGGCUCUCCUGUCCCGGGAGCCCGGCGGGUUCGGGACUCCGGUCCGUGCCGGUGCGGGCGCUGGCAUGUGGUUGUGGGAGGAACAGGGGGGCCUCCUGGGCCCCUUCUCCUUCCUGCUGCUGCUGUUACUGCUGGUGACACGCAGCCCCUUCAAUGCCUGCCUCCUCACUGGCAGCCUCUACCUCCUGCUGCGCCUCUUCAGCUUUGAGCCUUUGCCCUCCCGCAGGGCCCUGCAGGUACUCAAGCCCCGGGACCGUGUUUCUGCCAUCGCCCACCGCGGCGGCGGCCACGACGCCCCCGAGAACACGCUGGCGGCCAUUCGGCAGGCAGCUAAGAAUGGAGCAACAGGCGUGGAGUUGGACCUUGAGUUUACGGCUGACGGGAUUCCUGUCUUGAUGCACGAUAACACAGUAGAUAGGACGACAGAUGGCACUGGUCGAUUGUGUGAUUUGACCUUUGAACAAAUUAGGAAGCUUAAUCCUGCAGCAAAUCACAGAUUAAGGAAUGAUUUCCCUGAUGAAAAAAUCCCUACCCUGAGAGAAGCAGUUACAGAGUCCCUAAACCAUAACCUCACAAUCUUCUUUGAUGUCAAGGGCCAUGCAAAUAAGGCUACUGAUGCUCUAAAGAAAAUGUAUAUGGAGUUUCCUCAACUAUACAAUAAUAGUAUGGUCUGCUCUUUCUUGCCAGAAGUUAUCUAUAAGAUGAGACGAACAGAUCGGAAUGUGGUAACGGCUUUAACUCACAGACCUUGGAGCCUUAGCUAUACAGGAGAUGGGAAACCACGCUAUGAUACGUUCUGGAAACAGUCCACAUUUAUAGUCCUGGACAUUUUGCUCGAUUGGAGCAUGCAUAAUAUCUUGUGGUACCUGUGUGGAAUUUCUGCUUUCUUCAUGCAAAAGGAUUUUGUAUCCCCGGACUAUUUAAAGAAGUGGUCAGCUAAAGGCAUUCAGGUUGUUGGUUGGACUGUUAAUACCUUUGAUGAAAAAAGUUACUAUGAAUCCCAUCUUGGUUCCAGCUAUAUCACCGACAGCAUGUUGGAAGACUGCACACCUCACUUCUAGACUUUUCCCCCAGGGAGGAAACCACGGGUACAGAGAUUGCCUGCUGGCCUCAUGCAGGGAUAUUGAAAAACCCUUUGUGCUAGCCCAAGCCAUGGGGGAUCAGGUGGCCCACAGAAGCAAUAAUGGGUAGUUGCAUUGUUACCUGAACCAAAGCAAAACCCAGUGUUGCCACAGUGCUCCAUGGAAUGCCUGAGUUCAACACCGUUGCUCUUGAAAAUCUGGGUCUGCAAAAAGGUACAACAGCUCCUGCCCAGACCUCGCUGAGGCAUAUACCAAGACCCACUGAGGAUAAGCACAGAUUGAGUUGUGCAAUGUGGGGGUGCAAAUGCAGAUGCAUGGGAAAUGCAUGAUCACUCAAAGUUGACAUUUUAAAACCCGACACACUUAUAUAAUUUAUUUAAAGUAUUUUUAUUCUGCUACAUUAUCAAUGUACUGUAGACGUCAAACUUGUGACUAUACUAAUAAAAUCAUUAAAAGGAGCACUAAGGGAAAACUGCGUAUCAAGCAUCAAAUCCUAGGACAUAAGGAAUUUAGGGAAGCUGCUGUCAGCAGUCCAGUGACCAGGGGCAACAGCUUCAGUGUGGCGCAAAUGUCAGGGAAGUCUUGCCACCUGCCUGAGGGAUUGUUUAUGGUACCUUGAAAUAAGAACUACAGACCACUAGGGGGCAGAGCUGCACUCUCAGUCUACUCUGCACCAGAUCCGAGACAAUUCGAGGACAUCUAGGCUUAUCCUCAGUUUACAAAAGAAAACUAAAACCUGUGGAAGGGAAGGGUCUUCCCCAGAAAGGACACUGCUGGUGACAUAGCAGAGCCUGAUCUUAUGAUAGAUAAAAUUUGUUUUUUACUAUUUGCCAGGAACUUUAGUGGUUUAACACAUUAUCUUAAUUAAAUCUUAAAAAAUCUUAGAGGUACUUGCUUUUUACUGAUGAGGAAACAGGCAGUGCCAAGUUAAAGUCAGUCACUCAAGGUCUUAAAUUUCUUUGGUGCAAUUGGGAUUCAAAUCCAGUUUGGCCUGACAGAGCCCCUGCUCUUCACCACGCCUCCUCUCCCCUCCCCUCCCUUCCCCCCCCCAACCUCUGCCUGUCUAUAAAGCCCUUGAUUCCCAGCUUCUUCCCAUGUGAGCUUCUGGAGGGUCUUAUUGUGAACUUAAAUAGCAAUAUUUAAAAUAAAGUUGAGUCUUUAAAAAAUUGCAAA